AGCUGGACGACGUGCUCGACGUCGAGCUGGUCGAGGUCGUGCUAGACGUACUGGACGUGCUAGACGUGCUCGACGUCGAGCUCGUGGAGCUGCUCGACGUCGUGCUCGAGGUCGAGCUCGUGGAGCUGGUCGACGUCGUGCUAGACGUGCUCGAUGUGCUUGACGUACUGGACGUACUGGACGUGCUCGAGCUGGACGACGUGCUCGACGUCGAGCUGGUCGAGGUCGUGCUAGACGUACUGGACGUGCUAGACGUGCUCGAGGUCGAGCUCGUGGAGCUGGUCGACGUCGUGCUCGAGGUCGAGCUCGUGGAGCUGGUCGACGUCGUGCUAGACGUGCUCGAUGUGCUUGACGUACUGGACGUACUGGACGUGCUCGAGCUGGACGACGUGCUCGACGUCGAGCUGGUCGAGGUCGUGCUAGACGUACUGGACGUGCUAGACGUGCUCGAGGUCGAGCUCGUGGAGCUGGUCGACGUCGUGCUCGAGGUCGAGCUCGUGGAGCUGGUCGACGUCGUGCUAGACGUGCUCGAUGUGCUUGACGUACUGGACGUACUGGACGUGCUCGAGCUGGACGACGUGCUCGACGUCGAGCUGGUCGAGGUCGUGCUAGACGUACUGGACGUGCUAGACGUGCUAGACGUGCUCGAGGUCGAGCUCGUGGAGCUGGUGCUAGACGUACUGGACGUGCUAGACGUGCUCGAGGUCGAGCUGGUCGAACUUGAUGAGGCUGAAUUCAGGCAAUAG